GGCCCGGCUAGCUGUCAUACGCAUAACAGGGAAGGGCAUGACAUGGAGCUAAAUUUCCCCAUGUGCAGUUAUAUACGCGGCUUGGAUUGUUAAAUAGAUUUAAGGAUUUGGCGUUUCUGUGAACCAAGUCAGAGGCCUUUUCGUUUCGACUUCUUGAACAGCCAAUAGCUCGCUAACCCCAUAGCUACCGUGUAACUUAAGGUAAAGACAGCGACCUGCAUACUGAAAGCAUGGCGUUAAUCCUGUUUACAAGAUCUCUGGCACCUUUAAUGAAAACGUCCCGAUCCCUAAAGAAUGAAUUCCGGAAAGGCAAAGGGAAAUUACAAGAAGGUUCCUGUUUCAACUGCAUAGCCCUCAGACUUUCCAGUCAAAAACCUGAUGGACUCCGACUUGGCAGCUUGGCUCAAGUCACUUCAUUCGGUCCUUCCCUGCCCAUGUCAGAUGAAUUUGUGGGUCCCUGUCAGAGCUCGGACACGCAGCGCCUCUACUGUGCGUUUGUGUUGGGUGCCUCCACUUCAUCGUACCCUAAAACAGGGACCCAGUGGACGAUAGCACGGCCGCAAGACAUCCCCGGUGUCAGGUGGAUACAUACCUCGAGGAGGAGAUGGGAUGACUCAAAGGUGGAGAAGUCACUGCGUUCAUUAAAGGACAAGAAGAAGCUGGAGGAAGGAGGGCCGGUGUACAGCCCGACACUGGACGCAGAGCCUGUCAGGAGGACGCUCCGGCAGCGCGUUGUGGAUGAAAUCAUGCACUACUACCACGGCUUCAGGUUGCUUUGGAUUGAUACCACCAUUGCUGGGCGGAUGCUCUGGAGGGUGCUGAACGGGCACACCCUGUCUCGCCGUGAGAGGAGACAGUUUCUCAGAACAUGUGCCGAUGUCUUCAGACUUCUUCCCUUCCUGGUGUUCAUCAUCGUCCCCUUCAUGGAGUUCCUGCUUCCCGUAGCUCUGAAACUUUUCCCCAACAUGCUGCCGUCCACCUUUGAGACACAGUCAAAGAAGGAGGAGCGAUUGAAGAAGGAGCUGAGGGUCAAACUGGAGAUGGCCAAGUUCUUGCAGGACACCAUCGAGGAGAUCGCGCUGAGGAACAAGGCAGCAAAAGGCGACGUUACAGAGGAAUUCUCCACCUUCUUCCAAAAGAUCCGGGAUUCCGGGGAGCGUCCCAGUAAUGAGCAGAUCAUAAAGUUCUCUAAACUGUUUGAGGAUGAGCUCACUCUAGACAACCUGACUCGACCUCAGCUGGUGGCGCUCUGUCGGCUCCUGGAGCUCCAGUCAAUCGGGACCAACAACUUCCUUCGCUUCCAGCUCAUCAUGAAGCUGAGGGCGAUCCGUGCAGAUGACAAACUGAUAGCAGAGGAGGGGGUGGAAAGUCUGAAUGUGAAUGAAGUGCAGGCAGCCUGUCGCGUCAGAGGGAUGAGAUCUCUGGGAGUCACAGAAGAACGGCUAAGAGAGCAACUCAGCCAGUGGUUGGAGCUGCAUCUCAACCAGCAGAUCCCCACCUCUCUGCUGCUUUUGUCUCGAGCCAUGUUCCUCCCUGACACCCUGUCUCCUGCUGACCAGUUGAAAACCACCCUGCAAACACUCCCUGAAAUGGUGACCAAAGAGGCCCAGUUAAUGGCGGCAGAGAUGGAACUCUCCAAAGUAGAUAACAAGACCAAACUGGAGACCAUGCUGCAGGAGGAGGCAGCCAUACGGCAGGACAACAAGGACCGAGAGAUGGAGAGGCUGGCUGACGCUGCAGAGAAGGCUGCCAAGGAGGGAGAGCCAGAGCUUCAGGCAGAAAGGAUGAAGAGCAGUGAGGCAGAGCCGGCUUCGUCUAAGGCUGACAAGGAAGCUGAUUCAGAGAUGCUAAAGGACACAGCACCCAUUAUAGAGGGGAUCAAGUUUGAACAGUGGCAGAGGUUUCUGCGUUUCCAGGCAGAGGAGAUCACCAAAGAAGAGAUCGACCUGUUGAGUGAUGCCUGCUCAAAGCUGAAGGAGCAGAAGAAAUUGCUGACUCUGGAGAAAGAGGAGCUGGAAGAGCUGAAGGAUGAUGUUCAGGAAUACAAUGAGGAUCUGGAGGAGAUAAAGAAGGAACUCUCCAAGACUGGUCAGGAGAAGGCCAUAGAAGAGUCAAAGGCCAGCCAGCGGCUUUCUAAGAGGGUCAACCGUAUGAUCGGUCGCAUUGACAAGAUCAUCGUGGAGCUGGAGAAGGACAAGGUCAUCCUAGAUGGACAGAUGGACAGUGGAUCCACCCCACCUGUUGGUCUGUUCUAUACCUUUAGGGAGAACCUGGUCAGCAUCGAUGAGCUUAUCAACAUCAUGCGACAGAUCCAGAACAUUCCCGAGCACAAGCUGCAGAGUAUCGCCGAGGCUCUCGACGACAACAAGGACGGGAAGAUUGACAUCGACGAUGUCAUCAAAGUGGUGGAACUGAUCGACAAGGAGGACAUCGACAUCUCCACCUCGCAGGUGGCUGACAUCAUGGUGAUGCUGCAGAAAGAGGAGAAGCUGAUAGAGAAGGAAAAGGCCAAAGAGAAGGCAGAAAAGGAGCAAGCAGCCACACUCAAAAGCUAACUCAUUUUACUUCAUAGACAAGAGUGUUUGUAAAAGUGAGCACUGAGAAGUUUGUGACUGGUAUCUGGUCAUAGAGAACUUUGCACAGCAGGUUGAUCUGGAGAACUUGAAGGUAACAGCUGCCGCCUUCUGAAAAUUUCAUUUUGCUGUAAAUUGAGCUCCUAAAACAUAAUUUAAAAAAUCUUUAAAAGAAGGCUUGCUGCCUUUAAAAUGUACAAAAUCAGCAAGAAACUAAAAUGCUAUCAAAUUUAUUGUUUCUGGACCGAUUGUGUAAGAUAUAUGGAUAUUUGGUUUUGUGUAAUUUUACCCUCUUGUUUAUAAGUGCAGGGAACACAGUGGCGUGGAACUGUGGUUGUUCUCCACACUUAAGUUAAUUUAAAAAAAAAAAGAGAUGUUUUGGGAAAUACACUAGCAGAUGUAUUAUUUAAAGUUGUAGACGAACCGUCUUGCCUUUCAGUUCAUUCAUGUUAUCAUCUCAUAGAAAUGAUUAAUCAUUUCUGAACUUUGCACAGUAAACAUUGUUAUUUCUGUCAUUCCACUCAGUUUAUUUCCUCAUAUGUUUUAUUUAUCCAUCUUACACUCAUUGUAAAGCUAUUUCUUUUUCAUGAAUUGUACUUUGGUUUGGGAGCUUAUCGCUGGCUGUAAUGUGGCUGCAACCAAAGAAAUAAUUAGAAACAAGAUAAAAAUAACAGAAAUAUGUUGAAAAUACAUUUUAAAAAGGUGAAUUCAUCCUAAAAUAAAAAUAUUAGUGAUUUUAGCUUAUCCUUAGGGAGAACAUAAACUUUUUUUCAUUAAAACCAAAACUACUGUACUGUCGUCCAUUUUUUAAUUAUUAUUUUGCACUCAUGAGUGGUAGAUAAUCCUCUGGUGUUCACUCUUAGCUCCUUAUUAAAUGCCAAAGGUGCACUAAUAACAGAUUGGAGGUACUUUGAAAGUCAACAAGCAAAACAGAAAAUUUCAUUUACACAGUGCAGGAUCAGUGUAGGGACGCCGACUGUCUGUCUCAUGUUACUGUGAGCUGUCUGUCCCCGAGUGUUCGCUCAUGAACAUUGAUGUCUCUCUCUCUCUGCUCUGUUCAGGACUGAGUGAGCGGGUCUUGGUGUGAGUGUGUGUCAGAGAGCAGCCUUCCCUCACUAAAGCUUUAAAUAUUCCUUGCUGAUUACUACCGAAGCAAGCAAGCCCAACAAAUGAUUUUGGGGGCAGCCGUUUAAAGUAAAUUUUGCAGUAAUUUGUCUGAAGAUUCUCCGUUCAGGGGAUCAAAGUCUUGUCAGUGUUGAGUAAAUGAGUUAUGCCAUAGUUGUGCUAGUCAUCAGUUAAAUGCAAAGUGUCCUUUUUAAUAUGCAGAUAUUAUUGUGUAUUUAUUGUUGAGGAUUUAGAGAAGGUAGUAGAGCUGUGAGGUUUUCAGUUAUUCAAGGUGAAUUUUAAGAGGUUUGGAUGAAUUUGAAUCUGUAGAUCACAUACUUUGAAAUUCAGGCAAAGACGGAGUCCUCUCUUUCUUUCUUUUUUUUUCUUUGUUCUUUGCACUGUAGCCAUGAAUUUUUGUGGGAUGUAAACAAGGAUUCCUCAGGACUAUGUGAUGAUUUUAGAGAAUUACAUUUAUCCUGCUACCUGCUCACGCAUGUCUGUGUUCACACUGCGAGCAGGUUGGCAAUGAACUUUGGCUGAAUAUUUCGAUGAGGGGUACAGCUAAUUAUUCUUUUGCUCAUUGCAUGUUGCUUAAAAACCUAAAAUAUGAGUUAAUAAACUCCUAUAAAAACCUUCUGUGGUGAUGAAAUCCAAAUAUCUGCUUGAUCCUCUGAUGAGUUUCUCAACUAACUGGACUCUUGACCCGGCACACAUGGGUGGUGUUUAUCAUGUUGCUUGCCGUGUGAACACACUGUAAAGCUUCCAGCCGCCUCUACCGGAUGAGUUGAACUAGUUUAAGGUCUUUGCCACCACAGUGGCGUUUCUCCACAUAACUAGAGAAGAACUCGGGCGUGAAUGGGGAUGACGGAGCGGUACUUGAGAUAACGCUGAGUAGAUGACGCUCCGUUUAAUCCGUUCCCGGAAUCCACUGUCAUACAUGUGGAUGAUUAAGAGCUUGUUCAUCUUCCAUCAGGCAUUGUCCCAGCUCCGAUCCAGUGCUCCCCGGUGGUGUGAAGGCUCUGCUUCACCUGGGACCAGUCAGACUGAUGGGUGCAGGGUAAACACUCGCCCCAUACAUGGGCCAAAGCCAGCUCCACUGGAGGGUUGUGUUUAGAUUAGAGACGCUCCAGCAGGACGUGGCAUGCUCUGUGCUGCGUAAAUCAGCAGCCAGUGUAAACAUUUUUAAAGAACGUUGUGACAACGUCCCGGCUACACUCGCCAGGAGAGCGUGGUGUUUGUCUCACUCCUGCGCUUCACAGGCUGAACUCCGGGGAGCGCUGUGUACACGUUAGUACUGCCACUGUUUGUAGGUACAGAGGGUCAAAGGUCAGAGCAGGGGGAAAAGACGCAUAUCAGAGUGUAAGACCGAUUGAGAUCAAUACUCAGGGUUCCAGUGAAGGUCCCAGAGGGGUUGACAUUGACAGGGGCUUCAGUCUGCUGCAGUCAUGUGCAGUUUGAUGUCAGUUACUAUGUGCAGUGAACUUACUCUUUGGUAACAUCCUGCUGUGAUGUGGCGAUUGGGGCAAUCCAGUGAUUUAUGCUGGGGUAAAACUUUUUUCAGACUCUUAAGUCACUGUUGUGGUGUUUUACUGAGCUUCAAACACACAGAGCUUCAGCUGAGUCCAGGAGACCUGAUUAGUCAACCAGAAGAUAAUCUGCAGCUGGAUGAGAAUUUUCUUUCUUUUUUCUUAGCAAAAAGCUAAAUGUGACCUGAAGAUAAAUCUAUAAAUUGUAAGUUGAGGCUCUACAGUUUGGUUUUGAAGCGUUCCCCCAACACUAAUGCAGCUGCUUACAGUUUAAUGCAGAGCUAUUUGUGAGCUUAACACCAGAAGAAAAGGGAUCUGUAAACACGUGAAAACCUAGACUUCCUAAUAAUGACUGCAGGGAUUCAUUGCUGUCAGAUAAUCUAUAAAUAUCUAUCUCAAUCUAACCAAGUCUAAAACCCAAAGAUCAAUUCUAUUUACAAUGAUGAGAAAGAGUAAAGAGGUGUGCUGUUUCAACAGUGAUGCUCAUUUUCAGGAAACCUACACGUUACCAGGAUAUGAUUAAAAUAUAUGAAAACCUGUCAAAAAAAACAAAUCUUUAAAUGCAUUCAAGAAAACCUGGAAAUAGAACUAAUUGGAAAAAAAAAAAAAGGUUUCCUCAGCCAUGCAUCACAGCAGUUAUUUGUAUGUCCUUGUCUCUGGCCGCAGGAGUAGAGCAGCGUUCACGGCUCACUGCUACCACCAGCACUGCUCUGUGUUGUUUAAGUUGCAGUCCUGAAACGAGGGGGAAGAGAAAAGGAGAGAUGCAGGUCGAUUGGCGGCUUGCAUCAGUAAAUUUUCAUUGCCAACCAUGCCACAGGUCAUUUCUUGCCUUUCUUCCUUCGUUUCGUUACCCUUUUGACACUUUAGGUGGCUUAGAAGGAAAAAAAAGAAGCUGAUUUUAGCGCACGUUGAAUGUAAAGUAAUGCCACUGUGUAAAUGCACUAUUCUUUUUGUUUUUGGAUGCAGUCGUCGUGUGUGUGGACUGAUGGACUCGGUGUGAAUGUUCAGUAUGAUGUAAUUCCAGCAGGGAAGCUGCGCUGAAAGCUACAACACAAACCGUCCUCUCAGGCUCCCGCUGAGCUGCGGAUGUUGGGUACUAGAAGAACAAACGCUUACAGGAUUUUUGCUUUUCUCCCAUUUUGAGGUGGAACAAGUGGGUUCUGACCUUAAACCUAGAAGUUGAAAGAAGUGUGCUGUGUGGCCCAAGCUGCAUAGUUUUUCUUGUUAAUUUUUGACAGCAAAUAACCAUAAAGGAUUGUGGAUUUUGCUUCUUUUCAUGAUAUAAUGGUAUUAUUCUUCCUAUCUGGGGAUUGAUGAGCUUGUUGUUUAUUGUAUAGACCUUCUAAUAGCAAAUUUAACCCAUUUUUUGCGCCAGUCCUUUUUAUUAUUAGCAGAGUGCUUUUUGUAGAAUAUAACACAGUUUUCUCUUGUGCUGAAUAUAAAGAGUACAGUGUAUUUAAAGAGGGGGAAAAAGGCAGCUGAAACAGGAUAAGCAGUGGGGAUGCUUUUUUUUUUUUUUAACAUCAAACUUACUUUAUUGAUGCACUGCUGCUAAAUAUUGAUAUUCUUGUUGGAUCUUUUGUGUCCAAACAGAGAAAAUAGCGACUUUACAGUCAUCAUCUCGAAGCUAGAAACACACCCAGCGACCGUGUCUGUUAGUUGUGGGGUUUUUUGUGUGUGUGUGUGUGUGUGUAUGUUGGUUUUCAGCUCAGACUCUGACUGAACCAUAACUCAUCAAAGUCUCUUCAGCUUCUUUCGUUAUCUCCCUCCCGUCCCUCGUCACGCUCUUCUCAUGCACACAAAUUUUUCGCCCAAGGUGCUGAGGCAGAUUCACAUCUUGCCACCUUCAGUAAUGCACUUUGGCUUCUUUCUGAAUGCACAAAAUGGAGAAAAUUUCAUCUUGGAUAUGUUUUAAAGCGGCAGCCGGGCCACAGUGAGCUUAUGUGAUAUUAAAGCCCAGACAUGAACUUAAGAAAGGAGGAAAAAAAAAACAGUUUUUGAAACCAAGUUUCAAAAGAAAACCACAUAAAAAAGAAAUCAGGGAAAAAUCUCAGUUUGACAGACGAUGCUGUAGUUGCAGUGAAGUUGGAGUAUAAAAUCUUAUCUGAUGACAUGAUGUUUUUGUCAUUUACUCCAGUAUAGAGCACAGAUUUAACCUACUGCAGUUUGUUUGAAAUCAUUUCAUUUAUUUAUUCAAUGUGGAGCUGUGAUGUUCAGGACACGAGUUGAAUUUCAAAUGUAUGACGACACUUUUUAACAGAUCUUGUGUUUAUGUAAAGAGAGCAUUAUUUACAGAAUGAAUCAUAAGUCUUCAAUAAAUUAUGAAUUUUCCCUUU